AGGACGCCUCGAAAGAUGAUUUGGACCUCGAAUUUUCACGGGCGCAAGCAAAUCGUCUCGCGAGAUGUCUUUGUCGCGUUCUGAGCCGACACGCAAUUUGCACAGAGAGAAGAGCCGACAAUCCCCCAACUUUUUCGCCGCCACCGACUGCGAAAACAACGCACUUCACCCUCGCCUUUUAGUAGGGGACACCGUGUCCCCGCGAACCCCAGGUGACGGCCUCCCGCUCGCACGGUCGCAGAACGGAGUGCAUGCGCGUGCGGAAAUCUCGGUGGUGCAUUCCGAGAAGCCGCUAAACAUCUACUUUUACCAGACACUACACGAGCCCGGGCAAAGGGGUCGAGACCCGGGGAGAAAACUCGAGCCCCCCAGAAGCAAAUACAGCGAAAGUCCGACUCCACGCGGAAAACGGUCGCAUGCACCGCAGCUGUGUGGACCGACAGAGUGGCGCGUGCAGCAGGAAAAAGCCAGUUGGAAACAAAGAUUCAAACGCACAAGCCAAGGAAACAAAGUCGCGGUCCCGAGUCCUCAGCACACAACUCAGUUCGAGGUCCCGAUGUUCCGCCCGUUCGCUGAAAUUCGAGCUGCCAAACACCGUCAAGUACGGCAACAUGGAUGGCGACUCUCCUCUUGGCUUUCUCGCCUCUUCGAGGUCUGGCCCGGCUGUCCUCGAUCGAGCACGCAGUUCGACAGACUGGGUUUCCUCGCUUCCCCUUUCCUGCACUGUCAGGCCCGAGCUCUCUUUUGCCUUGCAGGUCCUCUGACGCACC